GGUGUUGCAAGAAAUCCUCAACGGUUUCUCUUCUUUCAUGCAGGGAUUUUCUUUCGCUUUCUGUUUGAAACUCUUGCGCCCACUAUAUAUCUACUGGAGGGGCUUUCCAUUUCACAUUAUAAUCCAUUUCUCCAUCUUGCUUUCCAACGUUUUCUUUAACUCUCUAAGGAGCUAUACCUAGUGCUACAUCGGGCUCCAGAGAAUUAAAGAAACAAUGUUGGGUGAUUUCGUGCCUUUCUUGGCCAAUGUUCUAGUGCAACUAGGCUAUGCAGGCAUGAACAUCACAUCAAAGCUGGCCAUGGAAUCUGGAAUGAAACCUCUUAUUCUUGUUGCAUACCGGCAAAUCUUUGCCACCCUUGCCAUCGCCCCUUUUGCCUAUUUCUUAGAGCGGAAAACAAGACCCAAGAUCACUAAGCAUAUUCUUUUCCAGAUUUUCUUGUGUUCACUGACAGGGGCAACAGCAAACCAGGUUUUUUAUUUUGUGGGGCUGGAAAAUUCUUCUGCAACAGUUGCAUGCGCAUUGAACAAUGUACUCCCAGCAGCCACAUUUGCCCUUGCAGCUCUUUGCAGACAAGAAGCUGUGGGGAUAAAGAAGGCCUCUGGGCAGGCUAAGGUAUUAGGUACUUUAGUAUGUGUCGGUGGAGCCAUGUUGCUAUCAUUUUAUCAUGGACAUACCAUCGGCAUUGGUGAUUCCAGCAUUCACUGGGCAUAUGCUGACAAAAUGACAAGUAAAAGUUCCAGCAAUGGAUCAAACUUCUUCCUGGGUCCAUUUCUAGUGAUGGCCAGUGCCGUUGCUUGGGCUGUAUGGUUAAUAAUCCAGGGACAAACAAGCAAGAACUUCCCAGCUCCCUACACAUGCACUGCACUAAUGUGCUUCAUGGCCAGCAUCGAGUGUACAAUCAUAGGCAUCUUCUCCGACCACAAGAUUUCUGCUUGGUCAUUGAGCUCCAGCAUGAGGCUCAUUGCAGCUCUUUAUGCGGGAAUUGUGUGUAAUGCAAUGACAUUUUGCGUCCUCUCCUGGAGUAUCCAGAAAAAGGGUCCUCUCUACGUCUCAGUGUUCAGCCCCUUGUUGCUUGUGAUCGUGGCUGUUCUCAGCUGGGCCUUGCUUCGUGAGAAAUUAUAUGUCGGAACUGUUGUAGGGUCUGUUCUGAUUGUUGGUGGACUCUAUGCCGUCCUGUGGGGGAAAGAUAGGGAGAUUAAACAGAUGAAAAGCAACCAAUUAGAGACAGCUGAAGAAGCAACAAAGGCUAGGGAGAAAGACGGGAAAGAUGACUUGGAACUCCAGUUGCAUCCACAGACGAACGGAACCCCUCAAGCUGCUUAAGCAAGCAAGGAAGCAAGAAAAUGGCCAUGGUGAAAUGCUUUUGACUUGUUAACAGAGUAUGUUAGUGUAGGUGAAUGGAACCCUGCUGAUCAUUAGCAGAGUUGUACUGGUUUCUUUCCUUAAUUUCCGCAUUAAGACUAAGAAAGAUGUAUUUUCAGAGAAGAAUGAUAGUAUCUGAGGAUGCAUCAUUUGUUUCAAUUCAAGUGCUUAUUAAUGUUUAAUCAAAACAAUUCCUAAUUACUCUUUGCUUUUA